AUGGCCAGCACCGACACCAUCCUCCAGGGCGUGAACGUCUUGGGGCCCGUCAACGAGAGCCAAAAGAAGAUCCUCACGCCCAAGGCCCUGGCCUUCUUGGCUCUGUUGCACCGCUCCUUCAACCCUACACGCAAGGCUCUCCUCGAGCGCCGCAAAGCCCGCCAGGCCGAGCUUGACCGUGGCGUGCUGCCCGACUUCUUGCCCGAGACCAAGCACAUCCGCGAGAACGUGACAUGGAAGGGCGCGCCCCCAGCUCCGGGUCUUGUCGACCGCCGCGUCGAGAUCACGGGUCCCACCGACCGCAAGAUGGUCGUCAACGCCCUCAACUCGGACGUGUGGACCUACAUGGCCGACUUUGAAGAUUCGAGCGCGCCCACGUGGGAAAACAUGGUCAACGGCCAGGUAAACUUGUAUGACGCGGUGCGGCGGCAGGUGGACUUCAAGCAAGGGUCUAAGGAGUACAAGCUGCGGACGGACCGGACGCUGCCGACGCUCAUCGUGCGACCGCGCGGGUGGCACCUCGAGGAGAAGCACGUCACGGUCGACGGCGAGCCCAUGAGCGGCUCGCUGUUCGACUUUGGCCUAUACUUCUACCACAGCGCCUUCGAGUCGGUCAAGCAGGGCUUCGGGCCCUACUUCUACCUGCCCAAGAUGGAGUCUCACCUCGAGGCGCGGCUGUGGAACGACGUCUUCAACCUGGCUCAGGACACCAUCAGCAUGUCGCGCGGCACCAUCCGCGGCACCGUGCUGAUCGAGACCAUCCUGGCCGCCUUCGAGAUGGACGAGAUCAUCUACGAGCUGCGCGACCACAGCUCCGGGCUCAACUGCGGGCGCUGGGACUACAUCUUCAGCGUCAUCAAGAAGUUCCGCCAGAACUCGAGCUUCGUGCUGCCCGACCGCGGCUGCAUCACCAUGACGGUGCCUUUCAUGGACGCCUACGUCAAGCUGCUCAUCCAGACGUGCCACAAGCGCGGCGUCCACGCCAUGGGCGGCAUGGCCGCCCAGAUCCCCAUCAAGGACGACCCCGCCGCCAACGACAAGGCCAUGGACGGCGUGCGCGCCGACAAGCUGCGCGAGGUCCGCGCCGGCCACGACGGCACCUGGGUCGCCCACCCAGCCCUCGCCCAGAUCGCCAUCGACAUCUUCAACAAGCACAUGCCCACCCCCAACCAGCUCUUUGUCCGCCGCGAGGACGUCCGGGUCGGCCAGAACGACCUCCUCAACAUGAACGUCCCCGGCCAGGUCACCGAGGAGGGCAUCCGCAAGAACCUGAGCAUCGGCCUCGGCUACAUGGAGGCCUGGAUCCGCGGCGUUGGCUGCGUGCCCAUCAACUAUCUGAUGGAGGAUGCUGCCACCGCUGAGGUCUCGCGCAGCCAGCUGUGGCAGUGGGUGCGCCACGGCGUCACCACGGCCGAGGGCAAGCGCGUCGACAAGCAGUACGCGCUCAAGCUGCUCAAGGAGCAGACGGCCCAGCUCGCCGCCAACGCGCCAAAAGGCAACAAGUUCCAGCUCGCCGCCCAGUACUUUGCCGGCCAGGUCACAGGCGAGGACUAUGCUGAUUUCUUGACUUCGCUGCUGUAUAACGAGAUUACCGUCGCCGGAAGCCCGAGGCCAGCUGCCAAGUUGUAA